AAUAAGGUCGGGGUGAGAUUACAUUAAAUUGAUGUUUUCAAGGGUCGAUGAGAUAUCGCGCCAUAAAUCUCAAAACAUGACUUGCUUUCGCCCCACAAAAAAAAAAUAUACACGACCGAAGAGAUUUAUAGUGUCGGUUUAAAUUGGCAAAUGUUCAGAAGCAUACUUUUUUCCCAUUUUUCCUUCACCCGUAGUUUCAGGCCAUACAUCUUUAUAGUAUUUACAUUGUAAUACAUUAGCAAACAGUGGCAGAUAACAUUCGUAAAUUAUCUCCAGUAUACCAUUUCACUCCACAAAAUGAAGUUCAAUUUAAAUAUUUUGAAAUACGGCAAUGUAUUCCUAAGCGAGUUCUUCGGUACAGCAAUUCUGCUGUUCAUCUCGUGUUUCGGAAGUUUACCCAACAAGGAGUUUUCCGGGCAUUUCAAUGCCUGCAUAACUUCCGGUCUGGCUGUUAUGAGCGUUAUGCAGAUUUUCGGACAUAUUUCUGGGGCCCAUGUGAAUCCCGUGACCACAAUCUGCGCUUGCAUAAUGGGACAAGUGGAUGUGCUACAAGCAGUAAUAUAUUUCGUAGCACAGAUGUGGGGUUCCCUUGCAGGAUUUGGCCUGCUAUUGAUCAUUUUCCCAGAAGCACAUUCCACGUUCGGGAUGACUUUACCAUUAGAGACAAUGAAAACAUGGAAAGUGUUCAUUAUAGAAGUGCUGAUAACCUUUGUAUUAUCCAUUGCAAAUUGUUCUACUUGGGAUCCGAGAGUUGGUAAAUUGAAAGACUCGAUGCCCUUGCGAAUCGGCUUCCUAGUUAUUGCUUUAAAUUUAAUUGCGGCGCCAUACACUGGAUGUAGCAUGAACCCAGCAAGAAGUUUCGGACCCGCAUUGUGGAACAACCAAUGGCAUAUUCAUUGGGUUUAUUGGCUCGCACCAAUUUCAGCUGGCGUUCUAGCAGCAAUUAUUUAUAAAUUUGCAUUUAAUGUAAAUUCAGGCGAUGAAUAAUAAUGUCCAGAAGUCUCGUUUUUCUUUGGUUUUAGAAAAAAAAUCUCAUCUAGUCUCCAGACUACGGCUAGAUUAAUAAUAUUUGUU